UUUCAGCAGUGGGCCCAUGGCUGGGCCCUGGGUGUCACCCCUGUGGUGUGUCAGAACGGGGGUCUCAGGGACGGUUGUGAUUAAGGACACUGGGCAGCAAGCAUGGUGUGGCAGGAGACUUUGGGUCUUGGCCAGACCUUGAACCUUACUUCUGGGGCAGAGAGACAGGAAGGAGGCCAUGGGAGUGGCCAAGUUCAUGUUGUCCUUCUACUUUAGUUCCCGGGAGUGUUCAUGUCCCUCCACACCAUUUCUGCCCGUUUUUCUGGAUUCUGUGGUUGAGAGUCCUGGAGUUUUCACCUCUUACACGUAUGGAGGAAGUGUUUUCUUCUUGCUUGGAAGUGUCCCUGCCCACUUAGUCUCAGUACUGGAUCUUAGUCUCAGUACUGACUCCUUCACUCAUGGCCGUGAGCACUUGAGCCGGCACUCCCUCUCUCUACCUCGAACUUGUGCACAAAACGGGAUUUAUGCCACCAGUCUCACCUGGGACUCCGGGAAAGGACAGAGAUGAUGGGGGUGAAAGUGCUGCGUGCUUGAAGGUGGCAGAGAAGGGCAAGCUGGUCAGCAUCAGGCCCCUGAAGAAGAGGAUAGAAGAGCCGGGUGCUCUCUGGACCUACGGAAGGCCCGGGGAAGGUGCCAGAACAGUUAUGGGCACUCUCUCACCUCUUCCCUUCCCUUCGUUCCUCCCCAUUAGGGGAUGGAGCAGAUACUUGGGGCUUGCAAUUCAGCCCAGGCCUCCUCACCUGGGAAUGCCCUCCGGCUACCCUUCUGGGGCCUAGUCUCUUGUUGGCCGAAGACUUGCUGUGGACCUGCGACAUGCCCUUCCGCCGUUCCGAGCCCCGGCUCUGUACAAGUACCCACACUGCCUCCUCUGUGGCACUGUCGAGGGGACUCAGCGAGAAGGUACGCAGAAGCGUACACGGUGUGCGGGCAAGAUGAUACGGGACGCUGUCCCUUCAUCAACCCGAUGAAGCCAACAGGCUCCUGCUGGCCUGCACCUGUCACCCUCCAACCUCCCUUAACUUGGGAGCUCCCCUGGCCCCUCAUGAACCACUCCUCUAUUGGCUGGAACCAGCCUGGAUUCUAGAAUCUUGUCCCCUCCAAUGUCCUUGUGGCCCUGGAACCCCACCGCUAUUCCAAACUGUGCACUCUAGAAAGAGAAGGGCCAGCUGCUUCUCCUGGACAGUGUUGGCUUGCUCAACUCCGCUGUCUGACUGGAGUCUACGCUGCCGCCAGGAUGCGGUGGCGGGACCGGCUGGCCGUGCUCUUCUUUCCAGAAGGCAUGAUGCUCACUGUGGCCUCACUGAUGCUCUUCCUUGUACACCUGAGUGUCUUUGCCAGCGACGUGCACAACUUCUGCGUCACCCACCACUACGACCGCAUGAGCUUCCACUACACGGUUGUCCUGAUGUUCUCCCAGGUGAUCGGCAUCUGCUGGGCCGCCAUGGGGUCACUCUACGCUGAGAUGACAGAUAACAAUGCUAAAUGGAGCCAUGUUCUUCAACCGCCUGUCUCUGGAGUUUCUGGCCAUCCAAUACCGGGAGGAGAGUCACUGAGGCCAGAGGACCGGGCCGAGAAGGGGGAAGGAAAAGGAGGCUUCGGUGUUUUAAUAAAGUCUGUCAUUUAUUUCCACCUGCCAUCUCCUUUGUGGGGAGGAGGGUGGGAGGCUGGAGACCCAGGGUAA